AUGCUAUUUUUGCGUCCCAUUAACAUCCGGGCUAUUGUCGACCUCAUAGAGCACUUGGGGUGGAGGGUGGUUCAUUACAUAUACGUUUCGAAUGAAGGUUUAAUGCGUGUUCAGCAGCUGUUUCAGGUGAUGGGGAAGAGCGAUCUUCAGAUGACCCUGAACGUCAAACGAGCAUCCGAUGUCAACUCAAGUUAUGUAAUCCUCAAGGAACUUCAUCAUACCAAUCCAGAGUUAGACAUCCAUGCCGUGCUGGAUAUGUCAAUACCUAUGGCGAGUGAACUAAUGAAUCUGCUGAGUGAGGAUCCCCGAGUCCACAACCGAAGAUUUCACUUCUUGCUAGUUGAGCCAGGAAUCCAAGAGUUGGACUUUACCAAAAUUAGAUUGUAUGGCUACAAUGUAAGUGGCUUCCAAUUGGUCGACUUCAAUAAUAUGACUGUUCGGCUAUUUCUCUCGGACUGGACGAAAAUCGACCCAGCAGAGUGGCCCGGGGCAGGAGUGAAAACAAUCACGUACGAGGCAGCGUUGGCAGUCGACGCUGUCAGUUUGUUCACGCGCGCAAUGAAGAACUUGUCCAAUUUCGGCCUUUUUGAGUCCCUUUUCAUCCGCGCUAAGAGUGGAGCCAACAGCAGCAAAACUUGUGCAGCUGAGCGUCUGAAUGUGUGGAACAAAGGUAAACAUGUGCUCAAGGCAAUGAAAGAGAUGGAGUUUGAUGGCCUUACUGGUCGAGUGGCAUUUGACAACAGAGGUCACCGCAAAGAGUUCACUCUAGAUGUUCUUGAUAUAGGAAUUACUCGCGGCGCAGUCAAGAUUGGUUACUGGACCCCGAAGGAUGGAUUGACUAUGCUGAAGCGUAAAAUGGUCCGCCCUAUUAACGCGCCUAGCUCUGAGAACAGAACAAGAAUUGUGACUACUAUCCAGACUCCUCCUUACAUAAUGAAGAAACCAAAGCCGAUAAAUGGUCACCCUCUUAUAGGUAAUGACAAGUACGAAGGAUAUUGUGUUGACCUUGCCCGAAAGGUUGCGCAUGAAGUUGGCUUUGACUACGUGUUCCAGAUGGUAAAAGAUGGCGCCUACGGUUCGAAACUUCCCAAUGAUUCGUGGAAUGGUAUGGUAGGAGAACUAAUAAGGCUGGAGGCGGACAUGGCCAUUGCCCCACUGACGAUCUCGGCUGUGCGGGAGAGGGUCAUUGAUUUCUCCAAACCCUUUAUGAGCCUGGGAAUCAGUAUUAUGAUCAAAAACCGGCGGACCAGAAAGCUCACCCCUAACGAGUGGCAUGUGGAAGAUGAGUCGAAUAUUACGAAUGAUUUUACCAUUUCCAACAGCCUCUGGUUUUCGCUGGGCGCCUUCAUGCAACAAGGAUGUGAUUUCUCACCUAAAUCGAUUUCUGGACGUAUAGUCGGAAGCGUGUGGUGGUUCUUCACUUUGAUUAUUAUUUCGUCUUACACUGCCAACCUGGCCGCUUUCCUCACCGUGGAAAGGAUGUCCACUCCAAUUGAAUCCGCUGAGGAUCUUGCCAAACAGACGGAAAUCGAAUAUGGAACUUUAAGGUCAGGCACAACAGAGGCUUUCUUUAAGACUUCUAAGGUAGCGGUCUAUGAGCGAAUGUGGGCUUAUAUGACAUCAAAAACACCCAGCGUCUUUACGGAUAAAAUCCAAGACGGCAUUUCUAGAGUUCGCGAGUCUAACGGAAAGUACGCUUUUCUCGUCGAAUCUUCUACCAAUGAUUACAUCAACAACCGUUUACCCUGUGAUACUAUGAAAGUCGGAUCAAAUCUCGACUCAAAGGGCUUCGGCAUUGCUACACCUGCCGGCUCCGACUUAGGAGAUAAGCUCACACUUGCUGUUCUCAAGUUACGCGAAGACGGAGAAUUAGAUAAGCUGCAAAAAUUCUGGUGGGUGGAGAAAGGUCAGUGUACGCCACAGGACAAGAAUACUGAUGGUGGCCAAAGCGCCCUUACAUUGUCCAACGUGGCUGGCAUCUUCUACAUCCUUAUCGGGGGACUCAUUUUAGCCAUCAUUGUCGCUAUCGCCGAAUUCCUUUACAAAUCUAAAGUAGACAGCAAGAAAUCGAAGACAUCAUUUGGACUUGCCCUGAAAUCAAAAGCCAGACUUUCUUUCCGAGGCCAUCCUGCUCGGGAAGAUAGCAGCUCGGGAACCCCACUCAGAAAGUCCAUGUCAACGUACACCUACUCGGGUCCAUCACAAAGAAAAAUCGACCAGAAAAAAAUCAAUUUUUUAAUUGAAAUUUCUCUCUUCUCUCUUUCUCUCUCUCUCUCUCUCUCUCUCUCUCUCUCUCUCUCUCUCAAUACAUAA